UUCUAGUUAAUCAAAUUAUUUUCAAUUUCUUAAUUUUUGUUUAACAAAUAACAUCAUCAUCAUAAUCGUCAUCAUCCAGUAAAAUUACCAUGUUAACCCUUUAAUUAGUUUGUCUAAUAGUAGUUACAUCAUCAGAUAAAUUCUCGUAAUUUAAAUAGUUAUAAAUAAAUUGGUGUUUAUGUUGAAAGAGUCACGAAGAUGUUUUUUUCCUCUUGUUUUUAUAAACAAUAACAAUCUCUUAAUUGUUGAUGAUCACAAGUUUAUAGAAAAGAAAUUAUGAGAAUUGUAUUUCUAAAUUUAACCAGAGGAAUUAAUUAGUGUAUCAACUUGAGAGAAAGAAGAUUAAUAAAAGAGGUAAGUUGAGAUGAUUUUAAGAAAUUUAUACAUAUUUAUAGUGUGACAACGUUUCCUGGACACAAUGGAAGAUAUUUCAGAGUUUCCCCUUGCCAAUGAAAGGAAUUGUCUUCAUCUUCCAUUUGCUUUUGUUAACAAUCACUCUAAACAUAUAAUCAAAAUUGAUAUGAAACCGAUGAAUAUCAUUUAAGCUAAAUUUUUAUUCUCUUCUUGUUUUUCAUUUUGUUUUUUCUUCUUCUUCUUCUUAUCAUCUUAUCAUCUCUCUCUCUCUCUCUCUCUCUCUCUCUCUCUCUCUCUAGGCAUUUUCCCUUUACCUCAAAUGCAAGUUUAAUUCCUGCGGAAACCGGAUUUCCCUUCGUACCCAAAGCUCCAUUCGUUUUAAUUUAGUGUAACCAUUUUGAUUUGGGUAUUUUCACUGUUUGAUUGCCUUCUUGUCUCAUCAAUCGUUUCAAUAAUCAAGCCCAAUCAUAGUUUCCAUUACACUUAAUUCCAUCAACACACACACACACAUCGUAUCGGAUUCUUAUCAUCAAUACUUGAUCUUCCAAUUGUUGUCAUCCCUUUGCUGGUCAACAUUCAUCUUUGUCUAUUCACAUAUAUAGCCACACGAAAUUCAUCAUCAACAUCACAACCAUCGUCAUCUUUUAAACUAAUCAAAUUAGAACCAAUAUGAUUUGGUCAACUUUCAAUGGUCACCAAUAUAUUUUGGCUCUUGUGCUAUUUAUUUCCUGUGAAUUUACCUCAUCUCACUGUGGAUACACUGGUAGAUAUGAAAGACGACGAACAUCAAUCAACAAUGACCCUUUAACUGGACGAUCAAGUCGAAGUGAUAAUAGCAAUAGUAACAAAUUUUCACUCUCUCCAAAUUUUGCAACAGAUAAUAAUAACAAUAACAACAACAAAAAUAAUGAUGAUAAAGAUGAUAGUCAAACAAUUAAUCGACCAUCAAGUCAUGUUAUCACUUCUUCAAGAUUCACCGAAAGUUUAUCAUUAACUUCUGCUUCAGUUUCCCUCGCAUCACCUUCAUCAUCCUCAUCCUCUUCAUUAUCUUCAUUAUCUUCUUCACAAUUACCUGAUGCACCCUUAUCUCCAUCUCCAUCAUCAUCAUCAUCUGAUUCACCUUUAUCAUCUUCAAUCUCUCCUGAAAACAUUGAACCUCAACUUCCUCCUUCUCCAUCACCUCCCAAAUUUCCUGGAGUAAGUGAAGGAAUUAUAUCUCGAGAUAUGUUGAACAUUGUCACAUCGAACAAUAUUUUCGGCUUUAAAUUGUUCAAAGCAUUGAACAAAUUCCAUGGAAAUGAGAACAUAUUCAUCUCACCUUUAUCACUUUUCUCAACUUUAGUGACAGUUUACGCUGGUUCAUCUUCGUCAACAGAAGAUGAGAUGAUUUCUCUUCUUCAAUUGAAAACCAUGACCGAAAAUCAGAUACAAACAGCAUUUCGAGAUGUUCUACAUACCCUUUUAUACGAUAUUGGUAAAAAGAAUAACCUUAAAUUACUUAACGGUAUUUUCAUCGACAAAGAGUUGAACGUUUCCUCUGCCUACGUUGAUAAGGUUCGAAUCUAUUACAAUGCUUGCGUUGAAAAGGUCGGAUUUACCACCGAACCCGCGUACGUAACCUCUUGGGCAAACGAUUUCGUCUCUUGGUGGACCCAUGGAUUGAUUCCUUCCCUAUUAGAUUCAACCUUAGAUCCAUUAACUCGACUUCUUCUAAUCAAUGUGAUCUAUUUUAAAGGUGCCUGGGCCGAACCAUUUAAUCCUACCCUCACCAGUGAGCAAAACUCAUUCCACAAUUUUGAUGGGUCAACUUCAAAAGUUCCCUUGAUGAGGUCAACAUCGACCAUCAAUUAUCACUGUGAUCACAAUCAAGUUAAAGCCUGUUUUAUUGAGAAAUUAUAUUCCACUGGAUCAUUGAGUUUCCUUGCAAUUACUCCGACCAAUGGAACUGAUUUAUCUCACAUUGAAUCUAUUCUUGGAACUCAAACCAUGACUGAAAUGUUGGGUCAACUUCAAGAUGCAACCGUCGAACUUGGUUUACCUCGAUUCUCUGUUUCCGGUUCCUAUGAUUUACUUAAACCUCUCGAAUAUCUUGGAAUGAAGGCCGCAUUUUCACCCAAAAAAGCCGAUCUCUCGAAAAUGGGUAACUCGAAGGAGCUUUUCGUCAAAGAGGCUAAACACAAAACGGUUCUUCAGGUCACCGAGGAGGGAACUCUUGCCGCUGGAGCUACAGUUGCCGAAAUUGGAACAAGAAAACGAUCUCCAAGAUUAAUUAUCGAUCGUCCAUUCAUUUUCCUUAUUCGAGAUCUUAGAACGGAAGCCAUUCUUUUCCUUGGAAGGAUCAAUUCACUUCCAUGAAUAAAUAAAUGAAGAAAAUUAAUUGAUACCAACAAUUAAGGUACAAUCGAUAAUCCUUUCCAAUUGAUUAACAAAUAUCAAUCAAAUCGAAUCAAAUUAUUUCUAUCUAUUCGAAAAUCUAUUUUCUAUUUUCGCUAUACCUGGUGUACUUUAUUUCUUUAAUCAAGUGUCAUUGUUACUCUCAACUUAACAAUUAACAUUAAUAAUAGAUGAUAAACCGAUA